AUGAGGCCAGAGGACCUCCGCAAGUACACUCUCGACAACCUCUAUCCACCAACACUCCGUUCUCCGUCUGCUCAGACUGCCUUCUCCCUCUGCGCUCUUCUGUACUUCCGUACAUACCUGGCCGAGGCAUCCCCGCGUGGGCGCGACGUAUGGGCUCAAUGGCGCCAAGACCACCGUAAUGCGACCGCCCUACACGAUGCCGACGCUCUCGUCGUUCAGGUCUGGGAGCACUUCUUGGAGGAGGAGGGGUCGUCGGAGGACGUGAAGGAAGUUCUGUGGUCGGAGUAUCCACUCUAUCCCCAUUUAAGGCGGUCCGUCCGAGUCUUUGACUUCCUUGCGAGUGGUGACGUCCCCGCGAAGCUGCUCAGCCAUCCGCUCGUGCAUACAACCGCCGUCGAUGCCUGGAAGUAUGGGCUCUUUGACGAAGCAGGGAACGAGGGCAUCUCGUCUCGCCUAUUGCACUUCUUGGAUAGCAAUGGAACACCUCGCGCAUUGCACUUGUUUGAUCUGCUGGUCUACUUGGCCUUCCUUGGCCUGCUGUGUAACUAUCUGAUUGACCCACCUUAUCAGACAGAGGUAGCCACAUCCGACACCAGAAGCACUCUCUUGUCCUUGUAUGCUCUGUCGAAGCUUUUCACCAGCUGGUCAUCUGCAACACUACCUUUCUCGCUCGUAAUUUUAUCAUUCCUCAUCUCCAUCCCUUUGCCGCCUCUUCCGGACACUUUUGCAUAUACCCUCCUUCUACUUGCAUUCUCAUGGAAGAUCCUACUCCUACACAUCCCUGUACAGCCCAGUCCCCUAUUUCUCCUCCCUCCAGAGCAGAUGCUCCCCUUAGCCGUCCUCGUAUGGCGCGGCCUAGCACGCACGUUCGUGCCAAUCGUCGCGUUCUUCAUACCCGGCCUGUUCAUAUCCCUUGUCCUCCUUUCGACCUCUCUCAACGACAGGCUUCUCUUCAACGGAUAUGCCACUCUUACUAUGAUCCCAUCUCCUAUGGCAUCCCGCGUGGUAUUCCUCGCACUGUUCACCGUCAUCUUCAUCUUCCUCUGCUGCGCGCUCGGCUUCUCCGUGCUCAUCCAUCCGUUCCUCGCCCCCCACGAAGGCCCCGCCAGGUCGUCAUGGGACCGCUACUCGAGCUCCGUAGGGCUGGAGGCGCGCCAGGCAUACAUUCGUGCAGUCAGGACGUACUCUACACCGUACUAUUUCCCUGCCCCGCUCAAUAUCUUGCACAUUCUGUUCGUCCGUAUCCCACGAGCGGCAUUCAUCCUGGCCGGACACAAAGCCACGCCGAGAAGCCUGGAAGUCGUAGAGGAGGUCCUCUGGAGGGUGACCGUCGCGCCGUUCACGUUCGCGAUAUCUACACUUUGGCUAUGGAACUUGCGGACGAGGUGGUAG